GGGCUCGGGCUGGGUCCGCGCCCGGCGCCGCCGCCGCCGCUGCGCCCUCCCGGCUGCGAGUCCGCCCGGCUCCGGAUCACGUGGCGGUUGCCGGAGGCAGAGACUAGAGAGGAGAGAAAAAAAAAGCGCCUCAUUCCUUCUUCCACCGCCAUACUGUAUUUUAUAGUAACUCUCAUUUUUAUUCCUCCCUUUUACUCCCGCUCGUGGAAGGUUUUCCUGGAGAAUGAAGUGCGGUUUGGUUUCCUUGUCAACGGAAGAUGAAGUGAACAACUGAACAUCUCCCCAGUGCAGGUUUAAAGCCAAGUGAUCCAACCAUGACCGGCAAAACACAGACCAGCAACGUCACCAAUAAGAACGACCCAAAGUCCAUCAACUCCAGAGUCUUCAUCGGCAAUCUGAACACAGCCAUUGUCAAAAAAGGUGACAUCGAAGCAAUCUUUGCGAAGUAUGGGAAAAUAGUGGGCUGCUCAGUUCACAAAGGUUAUGCAUUUGUACAGUACAUGAGCGAGAGGCAUGCGAGGGCUGCAGUGGCAGGAGAGAAUGCCAGGAUCAUCGCAGGGCAGCCACUAGAUAUCAACAUGGCAGGAGAACCAAAACCAUACAGACCAAAACCUGGCAACAAGCGGCCACUUUCAGCACUUUACAGACUUGAAUCAAAGGAGCCUUUCCUGUCCGUUGGUGGUUAUGUCUUUGAUUAUGAUUACUACAGAGAUGAUUUCUACAAUCGGUUGUUUGAUUACCAUGGCCGUGUCCCUCCACCGCCCCGUGCAGUGAUUCCACUGAAACGUCCUCGUGUGGCUGUGACAACAACUCGUAGAGGCAAAGGGGUUUUUUCCAUGAAAGGAGCAUCACGAUCCACCUCAAGUGGGGCUUCUUCCUCAGGAUCCAAAUCACCCACCCGUCUUCCCCUGCCCCUUAUGUGGAGUGAUACUGUCCUUGGAAGCGUCACUGGAAGAGGAAGAGAAAGAUCAGUCCUUUUCAGCCCUUGAGUCUCUGGAUUUUCACACAGUGAAUCAAAGCUUUAGUAAGUAUAUACGCUUACAAAUUCAUUCAUUAUAUCUCAUUUGUUCAUCCUUUACUGUUGUUUUAUCCAUAUGAAUUGUUAGUCAUAUCAGUACAUUCAAUUUGGUAGUUAUCCUAAAGCAUGAUCUAAUAAGAAUGGACUUUUUGGACUCACUUUGCCUUGAAAAGAUAAAUUAUUUUCAGAUAAGUACUUUACAUUUUUUUCUCAUUGCCCAGAACUAGAAUAACUCUAAAGUUCUUCUAGGCAGCUGAGGAUCUUAGUGUAUGGCAACAGAUGUCAAGAAGAACUCUUGCCCAGAAAUCUGGAUUUUCAUUGUGGUGAAUGAGACAGAAAAUAUUAGAUUAACAUAUAGAUAUCUCUUCCAAAUAUAGAUAUCACCAAACUGGCUUUACUAUUUCUUCUGCAUUUCAAAAAGUGUUUUGUAGUACCACAUCAGGACUUAAGACAUAUUAUAGGAUUCAACUCUGGUCCAAGUACCCAUAGUCACUUGCUAUAAGACUUCCAAAAUACUGUCUGUGUAACAUGGCAAGUGUUGCAGAACCUAUAAAUUAUUCACUGGAAGCACAAUCAGGAGUGCUCGGGUCCUAACAGACAGUGUUAUGCUCCAUUGAAAGCAUCCUUCAAUGUACUCAGGUGUGAUCUGAAUUCUAAAAUUGUCAGUCAUAGAGCUCCAAGUGACAAGAUCAUCCUUGGAUUCAGCUCUUUAACAUUUAAGGAAGAGUUGCAAGAUGCAUCACUAAAAUAUUGUUUGACAUUUUCACCUUUCUUAUGUUUCUACCCUUAGUUCUUUACAAUGGCAAUUGGAACAAAACUGCAGAGACUAUUUAUUGUGAUGGAGUAAAUUGCACAAAAAAUUCUUUCUGCAUGCAGCACAUCUUUAAAAGGAGUCAGACACACAGUAUACAGAUUUUCAUACUUAAUUUCCCCAAAGAAUUACUUCCCUUUUUAUGAAGGGCCAACCCAUCAUAAAAGUAGAAACAUGAUUUUAUUGACUUGAACAAGAAUGUAAUCAGCUUAUUGUAAGACCUUUAUCAGAGAAACAAUGGAACUCAGGGGCUUCAAUUUGGAAAGUGGAGAAUGUAUAUUUUGUGGCUUCCUUUGCCAUUUUCUCAGAGAAGUAUGUUGAAUUGUGGGAUGAAGCAAUUUAAUAUUUUGUUGCCCCUCACUCUAUGCUGCUAAUCUGACCCCUUGAACUAAGGCACUGUUGAUUCUAAUCAUAGUUUAUUGCUAGUUAAAUAAAGGAUUCCUUCAAUAAGGAGAAACAUAGUUCUGGGAAGGAAGCUAUUUGGAAUUUUAAAUCAAAUGUAACACCGUAAAACAGCUUAAUUGCAAGUUCAGAAUUAACAAUGUCAAAAUGGUAUUGCCUAUGCUUGAAAGAUUUCACCCCCAAAUAUCAAAACCCUCAUGAGAUCACAUCCUCUAACAUACUUUUCAGAUGUAAGUAGAAAUCUUAUAGACAUAAGUCUUCUAGGUUUUCUCCACAUUCAGACUGAAUCCAGAAAAUUAAUACAUACAUAUCAUAUUAAAGGUUAGAACACAGGAGAGCCCUCAGUCAAAUUACCCAGAUUAAAAGGACUCACUUCUGAAAACCAGCAAUCCAAAGACAGGAUUUUGUUGUGGCACAGAGCAAAAAUGUUACAAAAAUACAAAAAAUGCCUUGCUCGUUGAUGAGUACAUCUGCAAAAAUAAUGUCUGCGAGCACAGUAAAUUCUUGCUUGACCAAAAAGUCACAAUAUAUGUUCUAAGUUUGCUUCCAAAACAUGAAAUAGGAAUAUUUGAUUUCUUUCCUAAAUCUUUAAUUUUUCAAAGAGCAGUUGACAGUAUUUUGUUUUCUUUUUAACUCCAAAGACUUGAAAACACUAAAUCGGCAUUUCCAAACUAUUAGAAGUUAUGCACAAUAUUAAACAUAUUGGUGUGUAAAUCACACAUAGUAGUUCUUCAUGCUAAUGGUAUGAAGCAGCAAAUUCAGAUCACUAUGUAGAACUGGGAAAAACUCACUUUUUCUGACAAUAUAGAAAUUAAAGCUCUCAGGGUAUGCACUUUAAUUUUACAGAUCUGAAAUAAGGAGGAAAAUAAUAAUCAAAUCUUUUAUACCCCAUUUACUUGCGAUUAAGGACUAGACACUUAAGAUGUUACAAUGUGUAUUGAAUUAUGUCUUUAAAUGAAUUAAUUUUCACUCAUAUAGUUUAUAUUUAGCUUCAUCAGCUAACUGAUUUUUUGGUGAUAAGUAGAUAAUAAAAUAUGAUAAAAUAGUUUGUAUUAAACUUGAAGGGCUUAGAUAAAAAUACAUGACAUUUUUUUCCAAAGAAAUCUAAAUCAUGCUUUCUGGAUGAAUCAAUUUGUAUUUAUGGCAAAAAGCUUUUCACAAAUAUAGCUGUAGUUCAACAGCAGCACUUUCAUUUCUAAAAAUGUGAUUGACCUUAAUAUUACAUUUCUUGUUUUCACCUGGGUGUAGAUUAUUUCCUUUGAUGUUAGAUGCACCAAUGAAAGAUGCACUCCAGAAGGCCCAAAGGGCUGGAAAGGGUCACUUAAUCAAAUUCCAUACUGUUGCAAGUUGCUGCAUCCUCUAAUCCUUUACGCUUCAUUUUAAAGUUAGUUAAUGUUUGCAUUUUUUCUGUCUCUGUUUCUUCGAAUUUCCAGCUUAGUUUGCUUCUCCUUUUUUCAUAUUCAUUUGUUCUGCCAACACUGUGUUAGCAUAUAAGUUUUAUUUCUUUUUACCUUCUUUUUUCUCAGGUAAGCAACCAAAAUGCUUCUGUCACAGUACAGGCUGUAUAUGUAAAAUGGAAACAUUUUUAUGGUCAUCUUCACAGCCCUGCUCCAUGCAUACCUGCUAGAAUCCAGUGGUUCACAUUAUACUCACAUUAUACUCCUUACACAAAGACAUUACACUUCUCCAUCUUUAGGAAUACAGCAUUUGACAAGUCCUAGCACUGCAUUUUAUUUCUCAGGGUUGCAUUAUAAUGAUAGCCUACUGUCAACCCAAUGACAAUUCUGUCACUGUCUUUUUCUGCUGAGGGCUUUUUAGCCUUGGUGCUAAGAGUAGGAGUUCUGCUGUUACUCAAUCCAGUGUAGGAUUUUUUUUUCAGUGCAAUUGUAUCUCAUAAUUUUUUCUAAUGUAACAUUCCUUAAAAUCACCUGACCCCUCCAUCCAUUCUAGUUCACUCUGAAUAGAAGACACCUUUCAAUUUUAUGCAAUCCAUAAUUUUCAUCUAUUUAUUUACUUUUUUUGCAUCAAAGUUGUCUAAGAUAUUUAGUCAUUUUGGUGCCAGUGCUUGAGGAAUUUCACUAGUGAUUUCUUUCCCUUUCAAUACAUGCAUUUCUGUCAACUGCUUUACUUAUCUGCUAAAAGGGAAAAAAAAAAACCAAACAGUAAGCUACUUUAAUUUCCUGUUCUAUUACUCAAAAGCAGAUGAACAGAUAUUUUGGACACAUGGACACAUGUCAUGCUUAACCAACAGCUUUAUUUCUUGUCUGAGAUCAAUUAAAAAAAAUCCAUGAUGUUUUAAAGGAGAAUUUGUAUGUUCAAAGCAGGACACCUCAAGUACAGUAUUUAUAAUCUCUACAUUUUUUCUUUAUCAUAACACUGCUUAAAAAGCCUGAAGUUAUUGAAUCACACAGUCACAGGAUGGUUGACCUUGGAAGGGAUGUCUGGGGAGCCCAGAACUGGACACGGUACUCCAGAAGUGGACUCAAAAGUACUGAUUAGAGGGGUGUACUGGGUUUCUCUGGGAUAGAGUUAAUUUUCUUCACAGUAGAUACUGUGGGGCUGUGUUUCGAAUUUGUGCAGGAAGCAGUGUUAAUGACAUAGGGAUGUUUCAAUUACUGCUUAUUACAGAGUCAAGGCCUUUUCUGCUUCUCACCCCACCACACCAAUGAGCAGGCUGGGAGGUGCAUAAGGAGCUGGGAGGGGACACACCUGGGAUGGAUGACCCCAGAUGGCCAAAGAGAUGUUCCAUACCAUGGUAUCAUGCUCAGCAAUAAAUUAGGGAGAAGGUUGCCCAGGGCUUGUUCAGGGACUGGUUGGGCAGGAGUCAGUUGGUUUUUUCACUUACAUUACUUCUAUUCCUUGGGCUUUAUUUCUCUCUCUGUUAUUUUCAUUUUCACUAUUGUAUUAUUUUUAUUUAUUAUUAUUAUUAUUGUUAUAUUAUUCUAUUUCAAUCAAUAAAAUGUUCUUAACUCACAAGUUUUCUCAGUUUUACCCUUUCCAUUUUCUUCCCCCCCAGCCUACUGGGGCUUGUAGGGGAGCAAGAAACUGUGUGGUGCUUAGUUGCUGGCUGUGGUUAAACUAUAACAAGGGAAAAGAUCAUGUCCCUCAAUCUGCUGGAAAAAAAGAAAAACAUCUCACUAAUGCAGCCCAGGAUGUUGACAGCCUUCUUUGUCACAAGGGUGUAUUACUGGCUCAUGCUCAACUUGUUUUUCAUAAGGGUCCUUCAUAAUUUUUCUUUAGUAAUUGCUGCUUUCUACAGAAAUACCCACUACAAUAUUAUUUGGAAUGGAAUUUCUCUAGGAGAAAUUCCCCACAAGUUAAAACAAUAGGCAACUCGAAUUACACGUUAACUCUAUUGGAAACAGGGAGAAAAUUUGUUGUGCGGAUUUGUUGAAAAUUGUUUGUCUUUUUUUCUUUCAGUCUUUUUUAGUGUUAACUUGAAGUGAUUGACUGUAUGAUCACAGAAUCAAAGAAUCAUUUAGGUUGGAAAAGACUUUCAAGAUCAUCAAGUCCAGCUUUUGACCAACUACCACCUUGUCAACUAGACCAUAGCACUAGGUGCCACAUCCAGUGUUUUCUUGAUCACCUUCAGGGAUGGUGUCCCCACAACCUCCCUGGGCAGUCCAUUCCAAUGUUCAAAUUGUUCUUCCCAUGGAGGAAAUUGCUCCUAAUGUCCAAGCCGAACCUCCCCUGACACAGCUUAAGGCUAUGUCCUCUGUCCUCUCACUUGUUACCUGCGAGAAGAGGCUGACCCCUACCUUGCUACAACCUCCUUUCUGGUAGUAGUAGAGUGAUAACAUCUCCCCUGAGCCUCCUCUUCUCCAGGCUAAACAACCCCAGUUCCCUCAGCUACUCCUCAUAUGACUCCAUAGACCCUUCACCAGCUUCACUGCCUUCAUUGCCCUUCUCUAGACUUUCUCCAGUGCCUCGUCUUCCUUGUAGUGUGAGGGGCCUAGAACUGGACGUGAGACUCAAGGUGUGACCUCACCAGUGCUGAGUACAGCGGCACAAUCACUGCCCUGGUCCUUCUGGCCACACUAUUUUUGAUACAAACCAGGAUGCCAUUGA